AUGGAUGCAACAAAAAGACUGGAAUAUGUGAAACGUGUGCAGUGGGGUACACCAAACAAGCUGUCGACAGUGUUCAAUGUCAGUUGUGUAAUUUAUACGAUCCUGAUUGUUCAACUUGUUCACAAACUACAAGAAAAUGCACAAUGUAUAAUUGGCAAAUACCCAAAUACAUCAUCACCAUUUUCUUGUACGUUUUGCCACUCCACUUGUGUGUAUGAUUGUUCACCUAUAACGGGAAAUUGCAUCACUUGUAUCGAUGAUCAAUACACAAUCAACCCAUCAAACCCAAAACAAUGUCAAACUUGUUCAGGAUUUGAUAACAAUUGUAUGAGUUGUUCAACAACAGAACGGAAAUGUUUAGAUUGUAUGUAUGAUCAACAAAAGUGUAUAACUUGUACAUCAUUUGACGCAAACUUUAUAACAUGUGAUUCAACAAGUUCAAGAUAUUGUUAUAAAUGCAAAUCGGGUAUGUACCCUGAUACAUCCAUUGGUAAGUGUAAACCAUGCGAUUCUUCGUGUGGUGGUAGUUGCGACACAACAAAUGGAAUUUGCACAAAUUGUGUUCCUGGUAAAGUUUUCAGUGAUCCGGAAAGUGAUAUAUGUGUAGAUUGUUCAACCUUUGAUUUAAACUGUGCCGAAUGUGCUUCGAAUGGAGAAAGAAAGUGUGUUAAAUGUCGAGAAAAUAGUGGGUUUUAUCUACUCAAUGGAAUAUGUAUUCCUUGUGAUUCAACUUGUAAACCAAAUACAUGUGACUCGACAUCUGGAUUUUGUUCACAAUGUUUGUUAAAUUACACAGUAACUUCUCCAAUAUCAAAAGUAUGUGUAAAAUGCUCUGAAUUUGAUUCAUACUGUUCAAAAUGUGCAGUUGAUUUCACAAGAAAAUGUGAAUUGUGUUCAAGUGGAAAAUACCCAAAACCAUCCGAAAACUAUAAAUGUGGUAAUUGUGACCCUACAUGUGGAGGUCAAUGCAAUGGUACAACAGGUGUGUGUACUGGUUGUUCAUCGAAUUACGUCUUUACAACUACAGACAGUUUCGUGUGCGAUUCGUGUUCAUCAUUUGAUUCGAAUUGUCUGACGUGUGACUCAACAUAUCAAAGAAAAUGCAGUGUGUGUCGAACAAGUGGGAUGUAUCCAAGCGACUCAACAUACAAAUGCAUCGCAUGUGAUACAACAUGCAAUGGUAACUGCGAUCAAACAACGGGCAAGUGCACUGCUUGUAUCAACAAUUACGUAUUUGAAGCGACUAAGAGUGGUGUUUGUGUUGCUUGUAAAUCGUUUGAUCCAAGUUGCAAAAUCUGUUCACCUGAUUACAACAGAAAAUGUGUUGAGUGUGAAAGUGGAUUCUAUCCAAAUGCUAGUGGUGUUUGUGUUAGAUGUGACACAACCAUCACAAAUUGUCGUACGUGUAAUUCGAAAGAAAACAUUUGUUUUACAUGUAAUGAUCCAUAUUAUUUGUCAAAUCAAACUUGUUUGAGUUGUACUUCUGGAAGUUAUAAAAACACAAAAACAUCAUGUGAAAAGUGUUACAUUGGCAUCCCAAAUUGUCAAUUGUGUUCAACAAAAACUGUUGGAAUUCCUGUUUAUACAACAUGUUAUUCACCAUACCAGAUUAAUUCUGAGUUAAAUGUGUGUGAUUCCUGUACAGCAAACAAAAGUUACAACACAACAACAAAGAAGUGUGAAAGUAAUGGAAAUGGGUGCGCAACUGUUGUGGGUCAAGAAAGGUGUUUAAGUUGUUCAGAUGGAUAUUAUCUGUCAAAUAACAAGUGUGUGUCAGCAACCAACUGUGUGUCCAAAUCAACUCUUUCAAAAGUGUCAUGUGACUGUUCGUAUCAAAUAUCAGUUGGCUCAGAUUGCCAAAGCACUUUAUUAAAAUGCAAAUAUCAGAAAAACUACAAAAAUCAAAAAGAAUGCAUUCAAUGUGAAGAUAAUUAUGUUGUUAAUGAUAAAACUUGUCAAAAUGUAGUUAAUAUAUUAUCAUUGAGAAACGGUGUCAUUUAUAGAUGCGAAAAAAGUAAAUAUUUGAAUGAAAAUAAUCAAUGUGUGAAAUGUAAAAACAACUCUUCGAUUUGUAUGAAUUACAAUUUUAACAUUACAAUCGUGUCGUGUGCAGAAAACAAAGUUUAUAACAUUGAAACAAUGAGCUGCAAUAGUGAUAACAAUUGUUUAAAAUAA